ACGAAGUAGGUUUUAGCAUUUAAUUCUUCUAGAACUACAGCUUUUCCGACCAGCCUCGUUCUUAAACCGCAACACGCAAAAUAUCAACCACUCUGCUAGGCCUCUGGGUACCAAUCCACGAUAGAGCAUCAAUACAACGAACCAAAACCAAGUUCCGUCAAUCCUCACACGUGGACGACACCCCGGUACACACGGUCAAUACUACUGUUUACUAUUACGAGGACGCCAUCGACUCUACCGUCAGAUAUAACUUGGGGGAUAUCUCACCCAGACGGCACAACUCUGAGGAUACCACAAUCGGCAGGAUAAAUUAGACACCAUCCCGACAUCCAACCAAAUUGACCAACAAGAUGGCCACCACUCCAGUCGGUUGGAAUAGCCUACCUCUAGAAAUCCAGACGAUGAUUAUCAGCAGCCUUGAGCGACAAGACUUUCGACGUGCCUGGUUUGAUUGUCGACUGGUCAACCGAUCGUUCCGAGAUGCUACCGAGGGCGCUUUCAAAAGCCAAGUAAUCCCCGGAUUAGUAAUAGGGGUUAUGAUAAAUGGCGCCCGCGCAAUUUACGGAUUUGGGCGUGAAUUAGUACACGAAAACCCUUAUAGAGAGAGUCAUUUUAAUCGCGAGAAUGCUAUGGGAUGUCACAUUGAGUUUAAUGGGUAUUCCGAAGAUGAUUGUUAUGCGAUGUUUCGCGAAACCAUAGACACCGAAGUCGAAAGCAGCAGUCACAAAACAGAACUAGGUGAACCUAUACCUAGCAGAGAGAUUGAAUACGAGAUAGGGAGUCAGCUCUUUCCUUACUGCCCCCUUUUACGGCUAGUUUGGGGAGACGCGGUGAAGAAUUACCGGCUUCGUAAAACUGGGGAAAGGUGUCGAUUGCCAUAUGUAAUUUGUUCAUACGUUCUGUAUAAACUGCCUUCCCUCGAACACUUCGAUAUUGACUCGAACGGCACCAAGGGAAUGGCUAUAGAGUGGCGGCCUUUGACCAGUUAUCUGAUGAGGAAGAAUAUAAAGAUCGGAGAGUGCCUCAAAAUAAAGGCUUCACAGGAUCACGAAAGGACUGCGGAGCAAGAUGUGAGAAUCGCCAUGUCUUCAGAGACCGAACGCAAAGACCGGUUUGAAUCCAUGUUUUCCGCAUUACAUAAGGAUUGCGAUGUCACUUUCUUCUGUUAUACGUCUAAGCCCGACGACCACUUCAAAGGAAGUUGGUAUCGCGAGUGGGUUUGGUAUCUUACUACCUAAGGGAUUCUAAGGGGCAGAUAAUUAUUCGGUCCUCCAUAGUCUUUAGAAUGUAGCAGGUAUUCGGAUAAUCUAUGACUGUUGCGUUGCAACAACAGUCAGUCAGAGACAC